UGUUUGCCUCCCAGCUGAUGCGCACACAGCUCCGCGGUUCUUCUAAAAAAAAAACCUCCUCUUCAUCCCGGGCUACAACGACAGUUUUUAGGGGGACCUCCUUCGUCCUCCUCUCCACCAAAUCUUCUCGUUGGUCCCGACGGAGGAAGCUCUGAAGUGCCGGGGACGAGAGGACCGGAGGACGGCAGCGCAGGACGCCGCAGUCGGUCAACUACUUGGCGGUGGUCUGCAGGCAGCAGGGACGCAAGUUUGGUUGAAAUCCGUGGUCUCCCCGCCAACUCUGAGCAAAGAUGGACUUCCCGGACGAGUUCUUGCUGGCCGAGCUGAGCCACCUGCAGCUCUACAACGACUCCUUCUUCCACAACAACUUCAGCGGCGCCUACAACGAGACGGACGCCCUGCUGCCCACCAGCGUCAAGGUGACCAUCGUCAUGGUCUACAUGAUCGUGUGCGUGGUCGGCCUGGUGGGCAACUUCCUGGUCAUGUACGUCAUCAUCAGAUACACCAAGAUGAAGACGGCCACCAACAUCUACAUCUUCAACUUGGCUCUGGCCGACUCUUUGUUCCUCGCCACUUUACCUUUCCAGGGCACCGACGUCUUUCUGGGCUUCUGGCCGUUUGGCAACGCUCUGUGCAAAGCCGUGGUGUCCAUCGACUACUACAACAUGUUCACCAGCACCUUCACGCUCACCGUCAUGAGCAUGGACCGCUACGUGGCCGUCUGUCACCCCGUCAAAGCUCUCGACAUGAGGACGCCUCACAAGGCCAAGGUGGUGAACAUCUGUGUGUGGGUGUUGGCUUCAGCGUUCGGCGUACCGGCCAUGGUGAUGGGCAACGUGGAGGAGGAACAAGAACAUAAUAGCGUGGAGUGCAUCGUGGUCCUGCCGGAGCCGCGCAGCCACUGGGACCCGGUCUUCGGCACGUGCGUCUUCCUCUUCUCCUUCCUCAUCCCGGUGGCCAUCAUCAGCGUGUGCUACAGCCUGAUGGUCAAGCGCCUGCGCAGCGUGCGCAUCCUGUCGGGCUCCAAGGAGAAGGACCGCAACCUGCGUCGCAUCACCCGCAUGGUGCUGGUGGUGGUGGCCGUCUUCGUGGUGUGCUGGACCCCCAUCCAGAUCAUGGUCCUGGCCCAGUCCCUGGGCUUCAACCUGAGCAGCCUGUCCACGCUGGUCCUCAUGCACUUCUGCAUCGCGCUGGGCUACGUCAACAGCAGCCUCAACCCCGUGCUCUACGCCUUCCUGGACGAGAACUUCAAGCGCUGCUUCCGCGAGUUCUGCCAGCCCUCGCCGUUCCGCCUGGACACGCAGCAGUCGGGGCGCAUGCGGAGCAUCGCCAGGGAGGUGGCGGCCGCCUACAGCUGCAAGGCCGGCGACGGCGGCGGGCACGGCGGCGGCACGCCCAAUCCCGCGUGACUAGGCGUGGAGAUGCCCCUGGUGGGGGUGGACCCCCAGCAGAGGGGCGACACGCCGGGGACGGGAAACUCCAACACGGAGCUGACUCAGAUCACGGCGCUCUAGCGCCACGAGCCCCCCCGGCCCCUGACCCGACGGCUGGCCUGGGGCGGGGGGGAGUCCGACGAGGACGCGGACGCCGCCGACGGGAAAAGGAUCUGAGGACGGCCCCGAGGAGGACGCCGUUCCGACUUUUGGUGCUUUUUAAAACUUGGAGGUGGGGCUUGUAACCGGAAGUGUCGUUUUUUACAUGCCUUAUAAGGACAUGAAGGAAAGAUACGGUAUGUACGCUAUUUAAAACGUCACGAUGCUUUCAGGAAACUGGGAAUUUCAAAGCCCUCGGACACCACUUUGCGUUUUAAACGAGCGUUUUAAAACUUGGAGACGGGGCUUGUAGCCGGAAGUGUGGUGUGUACAUGCCUUAUAAGGACAUGAAGGAAAGAUACUAUUUAAAACUUCACGAUGCUUUCUGGAAACUGGGAAUUUCAAGCCCUCGGACUCCACUUUGCGUUUUAAACGUGCUUUUUAAAACCUGGAGGCGGGGCUUGUAACAGGAAGUGUGGUGUGUUUAUGCCUUUUAAGGACAUGAAGGAAAGACACUAAAACUCUACGAUGCAUUCAGGAAACUGGGAAUUUCAAGGCUUUUGGACUCUGCGUUUUAAACUUGUUUUUUAAAAGUUGGAGGCGGGGUUUGUAACCGGAAGUGUGGUGUGUACAUGCCUUAUAAGGACAUGAAGGAAAGAUACGGUAUGUAGGCUAUUUAAAACUUCACGAUGCUUUCAGGAAACUGGGAAUUUCAAACCCUCGGACUCCACUUUGCGUUUUAAACGAGUGUUUUAAAACUUGGAGGCGGGGCUUGUAACAGGAAGUGUGGUGUGUACAUGCCUUUUAAGGACAUGAAGGAAAGACACUAUUUAAAACUCCCGAUGCAUUCAGGAAAUUGGGAAUUUCAAGCCCUCAGACUCCACUUUGCGUUUUAAACGACCGUUUCAAAACUUGGAGGCGGGGCUUGUAACAGGAAGUGUGGUGUGUACAUGCCUUAAAAGGACAUGAAGGAAAGACACUAUUUAAAACUCCACGAUGCAUUCAGGAAACUGGGAAUUUCAAGCCCUCGGACUCCACUUUGCGUUUUACACCUGUUUUUUAAAACUUGGAGGUGGGGCUUGUAAACGGAAGUGUGGUGUGUACAUGCCUUAUAAGGACAUGAAGGAAAGACACGGUAUGUACGCUAUUUAAAACUUCAUGAUGCUUUCAGGAAACUGGGAAUUUCAAGGCCUUUAGACUCCACUUUUGCGUUUUAAACCUGUUUUUUUUUUUUAAACUUGGAGGCGUGGCUUGUAACAGGAAGUGUGGUGUGUACAUGCCUUAAAAGGACAUGGAGGAAAGACACUAUUUAAAACGCCACGAUGCAUUCAGGAAACUGGGCAUUUCAAGGCCUUUGGACUCCACUUUGCGUUUUAAACCUGUUUUUUUUUUUCAAACUUGGAGGCGGGCCUUGUAACCGGAAGUGUGGUGUGUACAUGCCUUAAGGACAUGAAGGAAAGAUACGGUAUGUACACUAUUUAAAACAUCACAAUGCUUUCAGGAAACUGGGAAUUUCAAGCCCUCGGACUCCACUUUGCAUUUUAAACCUGUUUUUAAAACUUGGAGGCGGGGCUUGUAACCGGAAGUGUUGUGUGUACAUGCCUUAAAAGAACAUGAAGGAAAGACACUAUUUAAAACUCCACGAUGCAUUCAGGAAAUUGGUAAUUCCAAGCCUUUGGAUUCCAUUUUGCGUUUAUGGCUUGGUCAUGAACUGCUUUUUGAAAAUUGGAGGCGGGGCUUGUAACAGGAAGUGCCAUGUGUACAUGCCUUAAAAGGACAUAAAGGAAAGACACAGUAUGUACACUAUUUAAAACUCCACGUUGCGUUCAAGAAACUGGGAAUUCCAACUACUUGGAUUCCACUUUGAGUUUACGGCUCGGCCAUAAACGUGCUUUUUUGAAGAUUGGAGGCGGGGCUAGUAUCAGGAAGUGUCGUGUGUACAUGCCUUUAAAAGACAUGAAGGAAAGACACGGUAUGUACACUAUUUAAAACUCCACGAUGCGUUCAAUAAACUGGGAAUUCCAAGCCUUCGGACUCCACUUUGCGUUUAUGGCUCGGCCAUAGAUGUGCUUUUUAAAACUUGGAGGCGGGGCUUCUAACAGGAAGUGUUUCGUGUACAUGCCUUAAAAGGGCAAGAAGGAAAGACACUAUUUUAAACCUCACGAGACAUUCAGGAAACUGGGAAUUCCAACUCUUCGGACUCCUCUUUACGUUUAUGGCUCGGCCAUAAACGUGCUUUUCGAAACUCGGAGGCGGGGCUUCUAACAGGAAGUGUUUCGUGUACAUGCCUUAAAAGGGCAAGAAGGAAAGACACUAUUUUAAACCUCACGAGACAUUCAGGAAACUGGGAAUUCCAACUCUUCGGACUCCUCUUUACGUUUAUGGCUCGGCCAUAAACGUGCUUUUCGAAACUCGGAGGCGGGGCUUGUAACAGGAAGUGUCGUGUGUACAUGCCUUAUAAAGAGGGAAAAACACGGUAUGUACACUAUUUAAAACUCCACGGUGUGUUCAAGAAACUGGGAAUUCCAAGCUCUCGGACUCCACUUUGCGUUGAUGGCUCGGCCUGCAUGGACUCUGCCGUUACGAUAUGUGGCAAUGAACUCUGCAUGAACUAUAAAAGUGCGUCUUUUCGGGGGUGGGGGGUUCCUACUUCCCAGUUUCCUGCAAUGCCGCACGUCAGCACAUUCAAUUUUUUUUAAAGACGCGGCGGAACCUCCGACGUUCAAAUUUCCGCGCCGGAAAUCGUGUAAAUAGAAACGUUCCGAGCUUUAUGGCGUGUUAUUAGUGUAAAAAGAAGUAAAACGCCGUUUAACAGGAAGUUUUUUGCCCCCGGUGGCGUGUUAGAGGUACUGCUCGUGUUAUGCUUUUAUUUUGACAGUAAGUUCCAUUUCCUGUUCUAUGGUUAUCGUCACUUUUUUGGGGGGGGGGACCAUCACUGUGGUGUGACGUCAGAGGGAAAAAAGCCAAAGAAAAAGCUAAAAAAAAACUUUGUUGGGUCCAGCCCGAGAAAUUGUAGCAUUCAGCUUUGGAGGUUCCGCUGCAGUCGUGUCGUUUUAUUUUUAUUUUUUAUAAACGAUACAGAGCCUAUGUAAAUGCUGCACGGAGGGGGCGUGGUCAAGGGUCAUUUUGGAGACCAGUGGGCGGGGCUCAGACCUCACUCCAAAGGGACUAAGGGGCUCUCUUUCUUCUUCUAGUGUCUUUAAAGUGGAAGAGGAACUUGCCUUAAAAAUAUUUCAGCGAAAAAAAAUUUGUCUUGACGUUAGCUGAUGUUAGCCAAGCAGUCAACGAGCUGGCAAAAGAAAACGUUACCCCACCCAACAUAACCGAUGUUAUGUUUAUCGUACGACAACCGGGACAUUAAGAAGACGAACAGGAGCGCACAAAUGUUAGCAUAGCUACAUGCUAACAUUGCGUUUUUGACGUCAUGCUAGGUUGGCGACGCAAGCAUAACCGUGUGCGGUAUAGGCUAGCAUUAUAUUUCAAACACCAUGCUAAGUUAGCAACACUGAGAUACGUGCUAACAUUAAAUUUUAACAUCAAGCUAGGUUAGCAACACUACCAUAGCUAUCUAAGCUAGAAGCUAAUAUUACAUUUUAUCAUCAUGCUAUGUUAGCAACACUAGCAUAGCUAUAUGAGCUACAUGCUAACAUUACAUUUCAACUGUAGAUAUUUCAACACCGUCAUGGGUUAGCAACACUAGCAUAGAUAUGUGAGCUACAUGCUAACAUAACAUUUUAACAUCAUGCUAGGUUACCAACACUAGCAAAAAUGGUAACAUUACCUUUGAACAUCAUGCUAGGUUAACAACACUAGCAAAAAUGCUAACAUUACAUUUGAACAUCAUGCUAGGUUAGCAACACGAUCAAAAAUGCUAAGAUUACAUUUGGACAUCAUGCUAGGUUAGCAACACGAGCAAAAAUGCUAACAUUACAUUUGGACAUAAUGCUAGGUUAGGAACACGAGCAAAAAUGCUAACAUUACAUUUGGACAUAAUGCUAGGUUAGCAACACUAGCAAAAAUGCUAACAUUACAUUUGGACAUAAUCCUAGGUCAGCAACACUAGCAAAAAUGCUAACAUUACAUUUGGAUAUAAUGCUAGGUUAGCAACACUAGCAAAAAUGCUAACAUUACAUUUAAACAUCAUGCUAGGUCAGCAACACUUACGAAAAUGCUAACAUUACAUUCAAACAUCAUGCUAGGUUAGCAACACUAGCAAAAAUACUAUACAUUUGAACAAAGUGCUAGGUUAGCAACACUAGCAUAGCUAUGUGAGCUACAUGCUAACAUUACAUUUUAACACCAUGCUAGGUUAGCAUAGCUACAUGAGCUACAUGCUAACAUUACAACAUCAUUGUAUCACAUAUUACUGUUAGAACAUGACAGAAAAGUACCAUAGGGCAGUGGUCCCCAACCUUUUUGUAGCUGCGGAACCUUGGUAAAAAAAAAAAAAAAAAAUGUUUUGUCAUGAAAAAGGGAGUUUUUUGGGGUUGGUGCACUAAUUGUAAGUGUAUCUUGUGAUUUUUAUGUUGAUAUAAUUAAAAAAAAAAAAAAAAUUAUAAAAAAUUAUUUUGCGGCCUGGUACCAAUCGAGCCGCGGCCCGGUGGUUGGGGACCACUGCCAAAGGGCACCUUUAAUGAACCUCCUUUGUAUUAAAGUGUAUUGUAGCGAUGCUGUGUGUAUUUACAAGCCCUACAGGGGGCAGUAAAGAGAAGACAUGGCAUCGAUGUCUCCAUGACGACCGUCUGGACACAAAAGUGUCGUUAGUGUUAAUGGAGGGGGAAAAAAAAAAAACAUUAAAAAAAAUGAGUCAAAGCUGCUGACUCACAUCCUUUUCGUAGAAAAGUGCAGGUAACCAUGGCAACGGUGCGCUGCGUGGAAGACAAAGUUCAGGGUCCGGCCUGACGAGGACACGCUGGAAGCUUGUGGUGACUCAGUCAGUCGUCGUGCCGUCCAAAAGAUUUUGUAUCGUUUUUAUUUUUAUUUUUUCCCGUUUUCUCUUCUUCUGGACUUUUGUAAACCAUGAGGAUUCUCCGCGUGAGCGAAAAAGAGCAGAGUGAGCGCUCGUCUGCCGCCUGUUUCAAUCCGUGUAAAUAUCGUUUUUUAAAAAGGUGUGGACGCAGUUCGUCCACCUCUCAUUGGAAAAAAAAAAAAAAAAAAUCAAAAACAAGGAACGUUCCGGA